AUGGAGUACACAUUCAGAGCAGUAACUCACAGCUCUGGGGUUAUUAUCUGGAGAGUUGAGAAAUUGGAGCUGGUUCAAGUCCCAGAGAAAUCCCAUGGGAGCUUUUAUGAUGGUGACUGCUACGUGCUUUUGUCUACACAGAAGGUGGGCAGCUCUCUGUCUUAUGAUAUCCACUACUGGAUUGGCUCAGCGUCCACUCAGGAUGAACAGGGUGCAGCCGCUGUUUACACCAUACAGCUUGAUGAAUUCUUGGGCUGCACUCCGAUACAGCAUCGGGAGGUCCAGAACCACGAGUCUGAUACCUUCAGGGGAUACUUCAAGCACGGAAUAAUCCAAAAGAAAGGUGGCGUUGCAUCAGGUAUGAGGCACACUGAAACCAACUCCUACGAUGUGAAGAGGCUGCUUCAUGUCAAAGGGAAGAAGAGAGUGAUUGCCAGGGAGGUGGAGAUGAGCUGGAAGAGCUUCAACCUUGGAGAUGUCUUUUUGUUGGACAUUGGAAAAACCAUUGUUCAGUGGAAUGGCCCAAGGUGUAACAAACAGGAAAAGCUUAAAGGGAUGUUGUUAGCCAAAGACAUCCGGGACAGAGAGAGAGGAGGUCGGGCGGAGAUCAGAGUGAUCGAGGGCGAUGCAGAAAGCAACUCUCCUCAGAACAUGGAGGUCCUGAAUAAUGUUCUGGGAGAAAGAACAACCGGGCUGAAAGACGGACCAACUGAUGAAGUUGCGGACCAGGAGCAGAAGGCCAAACUCACUCUUUACCUUGUGUCAGAUGCUGAUGGCCAGAUGAAGGUCACAGAAGUUGCCACCAGACCACUGGUUCAGGAUCUUCUCAACCAUGAUGACUGCUACCUCCUGGACCAGGGAGGGACCAAGAUCUUUGUAUGGAAGGGGAAGAAAGCAAACAAAGCUGAAAGACAGGCUGCGAUGGCCAGAGCUUUGGAGUUCAUCAAGGUCAAAAAGUACCCCAACACUACAAAUGUGGAGACAGUGAAUGACGGAGCAGAGUCGGCUCUCUUCAAGCAGCUGUUCCAGAAGUGGACAGUCAAAGACCAGACUCAGGGUCUGGGCAAAGUACACACGAAAGGGAAAGUGGCCAACAUCACACAGGAGAAAUUUGAUGCUUCUCUGAUGCAUGUGAUGCCGGAAAUUGCAGCACAGGCCCGAAUGGUGGACGAUGGCACGGGUCAAGUUGAGGUUUGGAGGAUUGAGAAUCUGGAGCUCGUACCUGUGGAGCCUAAAGGAUACGGAUACUUCUAUGGAGGAGACUGCUACCUGAUCCUCUACACCUACCUGGUUAACAACAAGCAGUGUUACCUUCUCUACAUCUGGCAGGGACGUCAUGCAACACAGGAUGAAAUAGCAGCCUCAGCAUUUCAGGCUGUGGAUUUGGAUCAGAAAUAUGGUGACGAGCCAGUCCAAGUGAGAUUAACCAUGGGCAAAGAACCAAGACACUUUAUGGCUAUGUUCAAGGGUAAAAUGGUCAUCUUUGAGGGAGGCACAUCUAGAAAAGGAACCUCUGAUCCAGAGCCUCCGGUCCGACUGUUCCAGGUCCACGGCUCUGACCCAUCCAACACUAAAACCAUUGAGGUUCCAGCCCUGGCCUCAUCUCUCAACUCCAAUGAUGUGUUUCUACUGAAGAGCCAAUCAGGAAUGUUUCUUUGGUGUGGGAAGGGCUCUAGUGGAGACGAGAGGGCCAUGGCAAAGGAGGUCAACACUGUGAUUGGACAGAACAGCUCAGAGGAGAUUGUCGCAGAGGGCCAGGAGCCCAUUGAAUUCUGGGAAAUCCUUGGAGGCAAAUCUCCAUAUGCUAAUGAAAAGAGGCUCCAGCAGACGGUUCUAGACCACCAGCCACGUCUGUUCGAAUGCUCCAACAAAACAGGCCGCUUCAUCGUGUCUGAACUGACUCAGUUCACACAGGAUGACCUCAAUGACGAUGAUAUCAUGUUACUGGACACAUGGGACCAGGUGUUUCUCUGGAUCGGUAAAGAGGCAAACGCGGUUGAGCGCAAAGAAGCCGUGGUCACAAGCCAAGAGUACCUGCACACCCACCCAGGCAACAGAGAUCCAGACACCCCCAUCGUCUCGGUCAAGCAAGGGUUCGAGCCGCCCACCUUCACUGGGUGGUUCACAGCCUGGGAUCCCUCCAAAUGGAGCGGAGGAAAAAGCUACGAGGAGUUGAAGAAAGAGUUGGGAGAUGAAGUGUCACCCGUUCUUGUAACAAUUGAGCAGAACUGUGUUGAAAGUGAAAAAAACUUUGAGUGCUUUCCAUUGGACUCUCUGCUCAACAAGCUCCCUAACGAGCUGCCUGAAGGUGUGGACCCAACCAAGAAAGAGAAACACCUCUCGGACUCGGACUUCAGCAGCGUGUUUGGGAUCAGCAAAGACGACUUUGCACAGCUGCCGCAGUGGAAACAGCUAGGGAUGAAGAAAGAAACAGGAAUGUUUUGA